AACACUUCAUUCUUCCACGACGCGUGUGGUAGUUGCAACAAAUAGGAUUCUCGACAUUUCUAUAGAAAUAAAAUAAAGCAAAUUAACAAAACCAAAGCUUCCGUUUUCGGGGCAGUUCGAAACCGUUUCUUCCUUCAUCCAUGUCUUUCGGGCAUUGUUGGGUUGGGUUUCUGAGGAUUAGGUGCGCCUCGAGGUAAGGAAAGAGUCAUAUCCUUCUUUCACAUGGAAGCCACGAAUCGCUGCCUCUCUAAUCCGACUUUUGACUUUUUGGGUCGGGCACUGAGCAUUAGAAUACAUCAAGCUUAUCUUAUACAUUAUUAUUAUGUUUUUGCUCUCGGGAAGUUUCUGUAUGCCUGAGUCAAAUGAGGCGUGCAUUGCUGAUUGGUAGUUAGCUAUGCAUAAAGCAAUCAACAGCGAUUAGUUGACGGCAGAAUAUUGUUAAUACAGACAGUAAUCCUCCCAUAUCCAAAAGAAAAUGGUUAAGUUGGAAGAAGAAAAGGAAAUAAUUAUUUUUAAACAAAAAAAUAAGUAAGAAAAGGAAUUUGGUAUCCUUGAAAAACCAAGCUGGCAUUGGCGCAUUGCUAGUCUGCAUGUUCAUUAAACCAACUCCAAUAAACUAAUCUUCUCUUUCUGAAAGUGCAUUUUCCUGGUCUUCGUUUUGCUCUAUAUAUAGAAUUCCUAAUACAAACUAAAACAAAUUGAUCUUUUCUCCAAGGCCACAUUGGAUCUGUUUGAUACUUCGAUUUUAUUCAAAUUACUUCUUUCAUAGCCAGGAAAAUGGCAGUGCUGAGGACAUUGGUAGGUUUGGCUGCCACAGCCAUGCUCAUUCAGUUAGCCAUGGCAGCAAAUCACACAGUUGGAGGUCCAAGUGGAAGCUGGGAUUCAAGCACUGACCUGCAAACUUGGGUUGCAUCCCAAAAAUUUGUAGUAGGCGAUAAUCUCAUUUUCCAGUACACUCCAAACCAUGAUGUGCUUGAAGUUGGAAAGACAGACUAUGACUCCUGCCAGACAAGUAGCCCAAUUCAGACGUAUAACAAUGGCAACACAGUCAUAUCUCUCUCUUCUCCAGGAAAGCGAUACUUCAUCUGUGGAACCGCCGGACACUGUAGCCAAGGAAUGCAGAUUGAAAUAGACACCCUAGCAACAUCUACACCACCAGUAACAUCUCCUUCAACUCCACCAGCUGCUUCUCCUGCUCCAGAAACUUCUCCCUCACCAGCAAAAUCCCCAAAGUCAGCUCCUGGCACCCCAUCAUCCCCUGAUGUUCCUUCAACUGGAUCUCCUGGAACCUCUCCUUCUCCCAGUGGCCUUUCACCACGACCAUCUACCUCAUCAGCUGACAGGGGCAGUUUCCAGACAAGCCUCACAUUGGGAUUUGGCCUUGUGCUGAUGAUGCUUUUGGCCCUUUAAGCCUCUGGAAGUUCUUUUCUUUGAAAGAAUCUUCAAAUGGUUUUAUCUGUUUGAAAAUUUUUCUGUUCUCUAGACUCUACUUUGUAAUACUCAAUUGUCUGGCUUAUUUGUGAAAUGGAUUCUUAUACUGCAUAAUUUUGCAAACAACAUUGUUAUUGGGCACAGCUAGGAGCAGUUAAACCCAAUUUAUGAGUCAAUUUAUGACGAGAAAUAAUGAAAACAAGGAUUUCUAUAAUUUUCCCAGAAACAACAAUAUUGGGAAAACAUUCCAAAACACAAGAAACUGUAGCUCAUGGGAAGAUAAUAAAUAAACCAUUGUUGCAGACUCAUAUGUGACUCAGCUAGUUAAAAUUUAUAAAUCAUCGUAUUUUACAUUAGGAGUAGCAGAAAUCCACAGAAAUUGCUAGUUUCUAGACAGCAUGUCCAGCUAAUCAACUACUGGACAUUCACACAAAACAUUAUAACAAACAGCAAAGAUCAUAAGAAUAUAAAGUAAACAAGCAAU